AUGAAACAUUUUUUAGUUACUAUUCUUGCUUUGGCAAGCUUUAACUUCUUACAAAUUCCUUCAACAGGUCUACAAUCUGAUCCAGAAAUAACAACUUUAAAAUUCAAGCUCAACCCUUUUAGUUUAUCACGUCAAUGUUUAAAUACAACCACCACAAUUUUAUCAGAACUCGAAUUUGCUGAAUGUAUAAAUUUUCCUGCUUUUCGACCACUUUUUGAAAAAAAAAAUUUUGAUGCAAUUGAACAACUUUCGGGUGAUUUCAAUGAAGAUAUCAAAAUUAUCAAAAGUAUAGAACCAGCACUUGUAGAGGUUUCAAAAGACUUUUGCAAAUUUCCAAAAUGUCAGGACAGGUUUAUUCAAUCCCACAUUCAAUCUACUAUUGUUGCAUGCCAAGAAGACCUUAAAAAUAACAAUACAUUAGCACAAGUCAUUUUUGCUGCUUUCGUUUUUUAUUCUCCUUUGCAUGAUUCAGUAUGCUUUGAAAAUAAACAAGACAUUUUCUGCUGGGAUGAAUUUGUUAGAAAUAAUAUUAGUUUACCUAAUUUUACCUCUAUAGAAAAAUUAAAUAAUAAUAAUAUUGUUGACAAAAUCUGCACUCUAUGUAACAGAGCCAUUGUUAAUACUUUUUUUAAUUUUAUUCCUACAAGUUUUUUAGCUCAAGUAAUAAUUUCUUUAAAGAAAGUAAAAGAGUAUAAGCAAUUGCUUGCUUUCGUAUGUGGUGAUGACUUUGUCAAUGGUACAAUUAUUGAUCCAAAAACUGGAAAACAAAUUCCUUCAACUACUAGCACCUAUAUUCCUACAUCUACCUCCAAUUCUCUACCUAAAAAUACCUAG